AUGAAAUUCUCAUACAAAAUAAAAAAUUCUUAUGAAUAAAGAACAUAAUAAUCUUUUAAUCUAAUUGAAAAGCAUGGAUAAAUGAUACCUGUAAUUAUUGAAUUGGUUUUAAAAAUGAGAUACCAUAAAGAAAUUCCUAAUAAACUUUAAUAAUUUUAAAAAAUGAUGGUUAGAGAAACUAUUUCAGUUCAAGAACUAUUCAAUAUACUUAAAUAACAAUACUCACCAUAUAUGACACCUUAAGAUGGAAUAUUUAUAUUUGUAGGGGGAAAUAAAUUAUUAACAAAUUCAUUUUCAAAAUCUUUUAAAGAAGUUUAUUAAUAAAAUAAGGAUAGUGAUGGUUGGCUUUACUUAGAAGUGAGAUCAAAAGACCAUUCUGGUUGA